UCUGCGUCAAACAACAGAUAAGCUGACUCUUUGAGGAAACUUUCUCGGCUAAAAUGAUUCUCGUGAAAGCCAUAUUUUGUCUACUCUGUUGCAGCUCGAUCUUUCAAACUCUGAGCGGGGUCAACAGCACAUCCAAACAAGUCACAUCCGACAAAACUCCUGAUGCUUUGACAUCGAGCAAAUGCCACAAUGUUUACUUCAACAACUAUUAUUCUGGACCAGCAAAUAAGGACAUCAAGGCACAUCUUCUCAAAAUCGAGAAUCAACUCGCAAAAUUAGAGAAAAAAAUCGAUGCUUUGACGGAGAACAAAACAACUCCGCCAACUAUGAAAAAUUGUGCUGAGCUGUAUAAAUCCGGCCAAAGAGUCAGUGGAGUUUACACAAUCGACCCCGAUGGUUUGGGUUCGUUUGAUGUGUUUUGCGACCAAAAAUCUGCCAGUGGGGGAUGGACAGUGUUCCAGAAGAGACUCGAUGGCUCCGUUGAUUUCAAUAACCGCGGCUGGGGGGACUACAAACGUGGCUUCGGAAACCUGAAUGGUGAGUUUUGGCUCGGACUGGACAAGAUACACCGCCUGACAAAAACAAAGAGCAGACUGCGAGUGGAGCUUGAAGACACACAAGGAAAGACAGCUUACGCGGAAUAUGACAUGUUCUCUGUUUCCAGCGAAAGAAACAAAUACAGACUUGGCCUUGGAAAGUAUAGCGGAACUGCUGGUGAUUCUCUGAGCUAUCAUCGUAACAUGGCAUUCUCCACCAAAGAUCGCGACAAUGAUAAUUCCUCGAGCAACUGCGCGGCAGGUUAUAAUAGCGCCUGGUGGUACAAUAAAUGUGUACUUGCCAACUUAAACGGCUACUAUUACCACGGUCCGCAUACUUCGGCCGCUUGGCGUGGUAUCAACUGGUAUCACUGGAGGGGUCAUAGCUACUCCGCUAAGAGAGCUGAAAUGAAAAUCAGGCCCGUGCAGUUUUAGGCAAGAAACACAAAUAAGGAAUACACUACAUCAGCUAUAGUUUAUCAGCUCUUCCACACAGUUGAGUGACACGGAAUAAAAAUCAAUGUAAUGUGAUAAUUGAAUGGGCCUGACACAAAGUUAUGGGUUUGAUUAAAAAAUAAAA